UGUCUGUUAAAGUAAUUGUAAAAGUUCGCUGCACAGGGGUGUUUUUUCGUUGUUACUUCGUGGCCAGAGCAGACCAUCCUCUCCGCGCGCUUCGCCCGCCAUUCGAGAUGUUUCGACGUGCACGCGCUAUCCGCGCCAACUUUUAGAUCUCGGGCCUAUUAGAGACAUGCGCCAUCGACGAAUAUAUCUCGACGCCUGUUUCACAAAAGGAUGUAGACCUGAAAUACCUUGAGAUGAGAGGGUCAGAAGCUAUCCAGAUGACUUCUUAACUCCCAUGGCAGAUACAAAGGAGCAGGGUGCAAUGGUGCUUCAUGAAGAGGGCAUGACUGCCCCAACACUGGCACCUCCCACAACCACUCCACCUUCUAUCUUUGUGGUCCUCAAACAGUUGCAGACUGGUGAUACUGGGAAAGACAAGAGCAGUCUCAUGGCAAUUAGUGAGGCAAAUAAAAUGGUGAAUUGUUCAAUCGGCUCUGCUGUAACAGGCAUUCAUCCAUCAUCAUCUACAUUUACAGACACCAACAACAGCUCACAGUCAGAACACUUGCCAGCAGAUGCUAGAUGUAAGGGCAUCACAGUUACACUGGACAACAACAGUAUGUGGAAUGAGUUCUAUAGGUGUCAGACUGAGAUGAUUCUGACCAAACAAGGUCGUAGAAUGUUCCCCUAUUGCCGAUUUCGUCUCUCUGGAAUGGAACCUUUCCAGAGUUACGUGCUGGCAAUGGAUAUUGUUCCAGUUGAUAACCACAGGUACAAAUGGAGUGGGAAAGGAUGGGAAACCAAUGGGAAGGCUGAGCCUCAUGUUUCACGUUUGUUUGUACACCCAGAAUCCCCUGCUACUGGCCUACACUGGAUGCAGUGCCCUGUUUCAUUUUACAGACUGAAACUUUGCAACAACUUGGACCAAGAGGACCAUAUUAUUUUGCACUCAAUGCACCGAUACCUUCCUCGACUUCAUGUCAUACCUGCAGACAAAGCCACUAAAGACAUUCAAGUUGACAAUCCCAACGUUAUAACUCUAAGCUUUUCUCAGACCGAGUUCUUUGCAGUCACAGCCUAUCAAAACCUUUGCAUAACCCAGCUCAAAAUUGACUAUAACCCAUUUGCCAAAGGUUUCAGGGAGGAUGCAGUCAACGCCCGUUCAUCAAAGGUAAAGAAUGGAAUGUCCACUGAGGAAACUGGGAGUGAACUCAAGCUAAGCAGGGAGACGACAACCUUGAACAAUUUAAAAACUCUGUUUAUGAAGAGAAAUGCUGCUGUAAAGGUCAAUAAGGACCAGGAUGGUCCCAGCCCUACAAAUGGAGAAAAGAAAGUUGUAAAUGGUGAUGCUCCUAUUGUAGAAACAAAUGUUCAAAGUUUCUGUAGUAAGAAGCGCCCAUCAUCAUCUGCAUUUUCAGACUUCAUUAAAGGUGCUCACGUCAAAGUCAAAAGGUUAUCACUUGAGAAUAUCAAGAAAAAUGGUGUGGCCUUGCAAACAACUUGCAUAAGUGAUCAAAAGGAGGUGAUGGACAUAUCAUCCAAAACAGAAAAUAUAUUACAACUUGAUAGUAAUGAUGAAAUUGUGGUAGGUGACAUUCACAGAUGUGAAAGCACAGACACAUCCUCAAAAACAGAUUUAUUGAAGACCGAUGAGACUAAAACAGAAAUGGAUGAACACAAAGCUAACAAGAUUACAUUGCUAUCCAGUGACCAAAAUGUACCCUACACUAAUGAAAAGGGGAUGGAGACCCUUUCUUCUUUGGACACUGAGGUCAAGUCUAAAGCAGACACGAAGAAAACCUUACCACAUAAGCGUCCAGAACGUGUACCCCUACCGCUCCUUGCUCAGUUCCUUAAACAGAGAAAGUCCAAGACAAGACCUCUUACACCAAAAUCUGACACUCCUAGCUCAUCCUUAGACUCUGAAAAGUCAUGUGAACCUUUCUUACCCCCUGAAAGAUCAUCUGCUUUGAUCUCUUCCACCCCUUGUGUUACCAAUGUAUUAGAUUCACAUCCAGUACUUACCUCAAUAUCUCAAAAGGUUACAUCAACAACAACAACAGAUGCAAUCAACAUUACAUCUCCGUCCACUGCAUUAUCAUCUUCAUCAGCAACGGCAUCCCCCAUACCAGCAGAAAUGCAAUUAGCUGAUGGAUUUACACAUUUCCCAGUUGGCAGUGAUCCAUUCCAUGCCCCUAACACUACCACUUCCUCCAAAUCUGAAUCUGACCCAACACCUGACAGAACGUCUAGUGUGUUGCAUGAUGCCGAUGCUGUUUCUAUGCCAGAUCUUGACAACACACUCGGGUCUCAGUCAGACAUUUCAUCUCUCUUUACAUGUGACACUGUUCAUGACGCUUGUUUACCUAUUACACCUGAAGUUAACAGUGACUUUGAUGUCACACCAAUUGUCCCCUCUGUCACUACAUCAGAUUUUGGUGUGCCAUCUUGUACAGACAACGAUGUUCCUUAUCAGGAACUUGCCUCAUUGCCUGAUGAGAGUGCAUCUAUUUCCGAUUGUCUUCUAGACAGUUCGAAGGGCUCUUGUCCUGAGCUUUUUUCUGAAGAAGUCCCUCCACACUCUCUGUUCCCACAUGAAGAAUCUCUUUCCUUGCCGUUAGAUGACCCAUCUUCCCCAGCCUUCUCCUUGCCUAGCCCAGCUCCUUCUUCUCCUGACCCAUUUCCACCAAGUCUAUUCUAUGAAAGACCAGUACCUCCUCGAAAGACCCUUGAUUCAUUUCCAGAAAGAUUAUUGAAUUGCACAGCUUUUUCCUCACCUGACCUUUUCCCAUUAGGUCUAUUCAAUGACAAGCCUCUACCUACCAAAAAGAACUAUGAUUUUUUUCCAGAAAGACCAUUGGAUGCAAUUGCAACUUCUAGAGAAUCAUUGUCACCAAGUGUCCCCGAUGGGCCAGAACAUCUCAAAGGAACAAUUGACUUGUUCUCUCAAAGUCAAUCCUCUGAUAGAUCAGGGCCUCUUAAUUACUUGCAGUCAGCUGUUAGUUAUGAGACCAAUGUUUCUGAUCACAUUGUUUCGGAACCAAUUAAACAAUCCAGUCAUGGAAGCACUUUAAAGAAGUCCAAGGCAAAACCGAAAAAAAUCAGAAAAUUGAAGAUAAGUGAAUAUGACGAGGUGUUUGAAAAACCUGUAACUGUUCCAAUGCUGCCCAGCCUGGAGGAUGUCGACGGCCAGUUGUUUGUCUCCUUCAUGUCAAAGAAAGCUCUUGAGAUUCACCUUGGCGAUGAUGCCAAAGCGGAGAUGGCACAAAAAACCUCAGAGUUUCCAGACGGUGACAGUGAUGGAUAUAUGCAGGAGAAAAUUGCGGUGCUAGAGAAAACCCUUUUGUGUGAUCUAAAACUCAUGAAGCACAGACAGGUCAUUCAUCCAGUGCUCCAAGAAGUGGGAUUAAAGUUAAAUCUGCUUGACCUAAACCUUGAAAUUGACCUGCAAUAUCUGGGUGUGCAAUUACCCAUCCCCCCACCUGUUCUCUCACCCGAAAGUUCAGCAUCAUCUCAAGUCCAGUUUGUUUCAAGGACAGGAAAGACCACGGACUUCACUAAAAUUAAGGGUUGGAGAGAUAAGUUUGCUGGAUCAGGAUCUAUUACUGAAGCUGUGUCAAGCACAGAUGCAGGGUCGACGAACCUCUCUGCAUUUUGUAGUGAUAUGUUGGAUGAGUACCUGGCUAGCGAGGGCAAACUGAUCGACGAACGAGCUGCUAACUUAUCACAGACUGAUGCUACGCCUGUGGCAUAUCAGCUGCCCACAAAAAGCACUAGUUACGUUCGUACCCUGGAUAGUGUACUUAAGAAACAAGUACCUGCUCCCUUAUCUACAACACCGGAUAAAGUCAAGCCAACGUUCAAGUCCAAAGAGAAAAUUAAAUCCAAAAAACCUUUGAAGUCCGGUACAGGAAAGCAAAUAAAAACAGUCUUAAGUGUGAACAAACCUGCAUUGUGCUUGAAAAAGCCACAACAGAGCAAAACAUUUAAAAAUAAGAAGGAAUCCAAAAGUUUGAGUCCUGAAAAGCCUGUUGCAGUUGCAAUUUCGAGUGCUGAAAAGACUGCUGCAAUUGUGGCCUCUAAAAAGAGUCCCAUGGUUGAAGUUUCUGGCUCCGCACAAUCGAGUUGCACAGGUGGACGUAGUGUAGGUUUGCCUAAGACUCUGGUGAAGCUGAUGGAUGUGGAAGAUGGAGCAGUAUGGGAGGGCAGACAUCGUACCUAUAUUACAGAAGAAAGGGCAGCCAUCGCACUGGCCACUCUUGUCACCUCUGAGGGGGCAUCAACAGGAAACCCUGAUGCCAUCAGAAUAAUAAGACGACGUGCGCCACCCUGCCUCAAUGUAUUCUGUAGGCUUGGCUGCGUGUGUGCCAGUCUGGUGCACUUGAGGCGACAUCAUCACUGUGGAAAACCACAGUGCAUGUUGGGCUGUAGCUGCCUGCGACGCAAAGUUGUUGCACUGAAGACCCCCAAACAGGAAGAAAGUACUGGAGAUGAGCCUGAACAAGGAGUGUCGGAGGAGAACAAGGCUAAAUGGAAGAAGAAAAACAAAAAGAGGAAAACUUAUGUUCUGACCGAUCCGGAGACCGCUCCUGAACCGGCCAAACGUGUGAGUACAUUAUGGGUUCGAAAAAGAGAAGGUACCGAUUCGGAGGUUCUUUUCUCUCCUCCUCCUCCAAGAGCUCCAUCUCCAGCACUCUUAUCUCAAGAGCUUCAGCAUGACCUGGAAAGCUUUUUCAGCCCAUUAAAACAAAAAACGGUGGAAGAGAAAAAUGUGAAUAUGAUUAAGGACAAUAUGGACACGGACUCACUGACAUGUGCUCGUUCGCGACCGUUUGACUCCAGGUGUCAUGCUAAACAAAAAACGGUUGACCAGCACACAUUACAGGUCUCUAAUCAAGAUAUUGAGGAGGGAGAGCUUGUACCUCUUAAUUUGUCUGGCCCUGCAAAACGCCUUGAGAUCAUAUCCGAAUGCAGUUUGACAAGUACAGACAUCAGAAACAACAUUAUGCGCAUAUUGUGUGAGCACAUGGCUCAGGAUCGUUUGAAGCAUCCUUUCUGGAUUGGCAAUUACUUUAUUGAGCCAUUUUCCAAGACUCUACAAGAGACAGAGGAUGGUUCUGUCGAAACAUAUAAAGUCACAAUCUCUCGACCUGUGGAGAAGAAAAUGGAAGAUGAGAAGGUUACCCAAAAUGAAGCUGAGCUAAAAAAGCAUGUAGAGAAGAGUGAGGUGAAAGGUCUGCCCUUCCUCUCCAAGUGUUGCCCUGCAGGCUUGCUCAAGGCUGAGAAAAAAGCACCUGAUGCCCCAGGCCGAAUAAUGGUCAAUGGAAAGCCAUACCCACAAGCCAAGUUAGAGCUGGGACAGUUGGGAGCUUUGCAUCCUGCCAACAGACUGGCAGCUUACAUCACAGGGAGAAUAUGUCCAACAACAUCCACCAUUACAAAGGCCUCUACCACAUCCAUACCGGUUUCUACUGUUGCCACCGUUACCAGCACGUCUACUUCCACACACACACCCAUCAUCAAAUCUGUAGUGACCAAGUCCCCUGUGGGAAAGGUCUUCACCCAGUUUGUGGUCAACCACAUCAACUCUCAAAACAACACUAGCACCUCACACUUACAGCCUUCUGCUCCAAAAAUUGUCAUCCCCUCCUCCACGUUGAUGAUUGGCAGUGAGGCUGGUGCUCCUGGGAUGGCUCUUUCUCCUCUUAAAGCAGGCUUAAUAACCCAGGCGUCUGAGCCUUCAGACUCUGCAGGUAGCACCAGUUUGCCCACUGUAUCAAAAGUCCAAGCCCCUUACUUCACCAUCCUUUCUAAAUCACCCAGCCUGCCUCUGGGUGGGUCUGGUCCAACGACAUCAACUACUGUCUAUUCACCUGGAUCGACCACUCCUGGGAAAAAGACUGUUUUGAUCACAGUUAUGUCUCGUAAUACAGGCCUCCCCAAUAGUGGUCCUCGAAUUACAAAGCCUGUCACACAGACUCGUCCCCCACAGGCCCCUGUCACACAGACCCGUCCCCCACAGGCCCCUGUCACACAGACCCGUCCCCCACAGGCCCCUGUCACACAGACCCGUCCCCCACAGGCCCCUGUCACACAGACUCGUCCCCCACAGGCCCCUGUCACACAGACCCGUCCCCCACAGGCCCCUGCCACACAGACCCGUCCCCCACAGGCCCCUGUCACACAGACUUGUCCCCCACAGGCCCCACAGCCCCCAGGCCAAAAGAUGCUGCUUCAGGUGGUGAAGACGGCUGAUGGAAACACAUUGUACCGUAAUCCUAAUGGCCAACUCAUGCAGUUGGUACCUCUAAGUCAAAUUAAAGCCAUCAAACCCAAUCUCUUAUCUCAAGGCCAACCAACCUUUAUCCGUUUGCAAGCUCCGCCUGCAAUCAGUCUGAACAAGCCUCAGGGUGGCAGCACCACCAUAGUCACGUCUUCCAACCCAACGACUCAAAUACAGUCAAAGCCUAUUGUCACUGUACCAGUCUCUACAUCUUCGUCUAUGAGUAACAAGACAGUCACACUCACUACCUCCAAGUCAGUCUUGGGCAGCCUUCCUUCUACCCUUAAAGUUGUCCCAGGUUUUCUGGGACAAUCUGGAACUUGCACAUUAAGAAUUCUCUCAGCAAAACCUGUCCAAGACACUGGAAUUAUAAAUCCAGCUUCCUCUCUUAUACCCUCACAGAAUGGCUGUACUUUAAAACAUGGAAGUUCAAUACUACCGAACAAAGACUCCACGAAGUCUGAGACCACCGUUUCUGUGAGCUCACUUUCAACAGAGGGGCAAAUCGGUCAGGUCCAUGAGCAGUCUGAGCUGGAUCCUGUUAAACAAAAUAGCUGUGAUGUUUCUAAGCGAAUGGCAGGAAAUGUAUCAGAGAUUUUAUCUUCUGCUGCCACCUAUCCAAAAUCCAGGCAAUUUUCUGGAGAUGAUUUAGCCCCUUCACAUAGUGAGCAUGGAGCGCUGAAACAUUUGAGUUUGUCUGAAGCUGAUAACCGAGAUAAUCCCAAUGUGAAGGAAAAAGAUUUUGACCAAACACCAGAUCCAGAAGAGGAAGAGAUUGAUUCAGAUGGAACAGAAUUAACUGAUGACUCUGACCUGUACAGUGAUGAUGAUGAUGACGGCCAAGAAGAUUCAUCUAGUUUUAGUGAUUCUGAUAAAGAGGAGAGGAUGGAGGAUACAGAUGGUUUAGACUCUGAGAUGAAAGAUUUUGCAGAGGUGGUGGUUGAUAUUGAGACUGUUGAGUCUGCAGAGGAAAACAGUAUCACGAAAUUUAGGGCAUCUGCAAUUAGACGGAAUCGACAUCAUAGUGACCAGAAGCAUAUUCAUGAUGAAAGCUUGCAAGUGAAGGUCAGGAGAGUGAGGCUGGAGAGAAAGAGGCGCCACACACUCAGAGAGUUAUUUCUUAAACUUCAGGAAACACUAGGAAUGGUCUCAAAGUUUCGUAAAGUUUCCAAGGUGAACAUCCUCACCCAGGGUUGUAAAGAGAUUGAGUCUCUGGUUAAGCAGGAGGACCACUUAGCAAAAAGACGUGAGAAGCUGCGAAUUAAGAGGGAGCGUUACCUACAGACACUUUCACUAUUGUGUGACAAGAGUACAGAGUCCAUCAGCCAGAAGCUUAAUGAAAUUAUUGCUAAACAAAAAACCCUGGAGGCCCAAACUAAUGCAAAAGAGAUGAAGUCCCAGCUUAACCAGGCAGCGUCUAAAUCUAAACCCAAACCUAAACCCAAACCCAAACCUAAAUUAGUUGAGCUUAAUAGUAAACAGAAAGGUUUGGCAUUCCAGAACAAAUUAAAAGAUGUUCCCAAACCCACCUCUUCUCCCUCCAAACCGAUAGACUUGAGUAUUAAAAAACAAGAAAGCCUGGAAGAGACAAAAAGUGAUUUGAAAUCCACUCCAGCCUCAAAACUUACAGACCCUGUUAGUGGCAAAAACACCAUUAAAACUCAAGAUAAAGAGCAGAGCAGCAUUUCUAAACCUACUCAGCCGUCCUUUAACUCCAUUCCACAAAAGAAACCAGUCUCUGUCCCAAGUCCUGUAAAACAUUUCCCAGUACCUCGCGAGAGAAUGCGGCCAAACAUUCUGUCCCGUUCUUCAUCCCAGGUGAUGCAAGGAUCUCCCGUCAAAGAGCCUCUUUUAACUAAUGUGUGUAUACCUCAAUUAAUUCCUCUGAUGAAUACCAUGGUUCAAUGCAAUCAAAUCAUAACCAUAAACAACCCGCUUCAACCGAUUGGCAUCACCUCAGUAGGGACACAGCAAUCAUCUACACCAGGUGUAGCAUCUGUGUCCAUAGUUCCUACAAUAUCUCAUCCACUUAGAGUGGAAAAUUCUCUUCCAGUAUUGCAGCCUCAGUUAAUCAAAAUUACAAACAGUCCUAUUAAUAUUAAUACUCAAGUGGAUUCUGCCAACUUUCCAAACAUCGCCAAUGUUAUUUCUCUGGUUUCACCUGUGGAGAAUCUGGUAAUACCACAGAAAGUUGUGGAAGAUGCUUCUUUUGCUCAGGCACAGCCAAAAUCUGUCCCUGCCCCAGUGGAGAAUCUCCAGAGUAUCUCCGAUGUUAAAAUAUCUAAUUUGGCGGAAAGAGCAAUUGUUGAUGAGCCUCAACCCAAUGAUUUCCCAAAACUGCCUGAAGGAGGAGAUGAAAUCAGUGCGUCUGUUACUUCAUCCAACCAAGAAGGACUGGAGAAAAAGGGUCAGAAUGUCAGCAGCGACCCUGAGGAUGAAAAUCUGAUGUCUUUGCUAGACGAACUUGUUCUUCUUAGCCAGCAGCUGAGUAAUGAAGACGAAGAUAAGAGAAUUGUCGUGCCAGACGAGGCACAGCCAUGUUCUGACAAGCAGGCGUAUGCAGAGCGGGAUGAUGAGCGUGCUCUCAGUCCCUUGUUCCUAACUCUAGAUGAAGAUCUGAUGUCUCCAGACUCUAAAGAUGAAAUUGAUAUCCCACCCAAAGUGGACGACUUGGUCAAAGUCAUCUUCGGGUCAGAUUCACCUUCGGUAUCAUCCGAAUCUGCAGUUGCGCCAUCAACAAACGUUGAAAGUCCGAAUGCCCCGACGUGCAAUGUUAAAUGUGAUGCUCCUACUCCGCCACCUCUGUUGCACAUGAAGGCUGCAUGUGAAGCUACUUCGGGUCAAUCUGCCAAUGAAGGGACCAAUGUGACAUGGCGGCCCAUGCCUAAACUGGUUCCUCUAGGGUUAAAGCCCCAAGAUGCUGUUGUAAAUAAGGUGACUGGCUCUUCGACUCUCAAACUGGACUCAAAUGAGCAAGAUGUUAAUAGAACACAACUGUGAUCUACCAGUCAAUGAAUCAGGUUUGCUGCUGCUCACGUUUAACUUGAAGUUUUUUUUUUUUUUUUUAUUUAUUUCUUGUUUCCUGUGCAAGUCCUGCUGCCAUGGGUACCACCUGUUGUGCCUCUGGUAUAUCCAAAGACAUUUAGUUGAUUUUGACUUUUUUUUUUUUCCAAUACUCAACCUACUUGACCAGCAAGAUUCUCUGCAUUCUCCAACUCUUUGUGGCAAUAGAUGUGAAAGAAGCUCUUAACUCAUCCUAACCUCCAUAUUGGAGCAUUUGGUUUCAUUCUCAUUGAAGUUCAUUAAAAAAUACAAAUAAAUAUUUUACUUAAUCUUUAAACAUAGGAUUAUUUCUCCCGCAGCUCCAUGAAGGUCAAGCUGAUUGUAAUCGUUUGCUCUGGGGAUUUUGGGGGAUGGUUAUGAUUGGUUCCAGGUGACCUUUUUAGGAAUAAUUGAAUUUGCCCAGUGACUUUUAACAGUAAAGCCAUUUCAUCUGUGAGUGUCUGCUAAUAAGAUUACACUAAUGUUAUUGUCUUUGCAUCUCUGAAAUAAACCACUGUCUAUUAAAUGCAUCACAUGAACACAUGUUAAAGCAAUAAUAGAUGUUAAGUUCCCUACAAACAGUCCCUACAAACUGUAUGUUCUUGUUACAGAAAAGCUAGCUUAUAUACAUAUGUUGAGUGCCUUUCAAAAGGUUCUAAUAUAUGCAUAUUGGGACGUAGAAAGGUUUCUUGUUUUAGGGAAUAGUGAACCUAUAUAAAUGGCAUAGGAAUUUAGGAAUAAGGAUCUAGUUAUCCACUUGUUUGUCUUCUUUUUUGUUUGUUUUGAAAGUAAUCAGUGAAAGUUGAGUAGUCAGUUUAUGGCUUUUGAAUGUUUUAUUUGUGAAACCCUACUGGCUUAACCAUAUUCCCCACAUCAACAGCAACAUUUUUAACAAUGUCUAAAGCGUUUCAAAGGGUUUUAACGCUAUUGUCACAUCCAGUAAGGCAACUUAAAGGGAUCCUCGGUUUGAGCCUAGUCAUCACUAUGCAAUUGUUUUGCAUUAGGUUUAGCCAAGACUGGAAAAGGAAAAACUACAUAGGAACCACAAUGCUUCAUAAAAUGAGAUUUGUAUAUGUUACACUGGUUUAUUUUGUAAAUUAGUUAGCUAGUUUAAAGUAUGUAUAUUGGCUUGUAUAACAUUUCUUGGCUAUUGUACAUAUGUAAAACGUAUUCUUUUUGUUAGUCUGCGAACUGUGUUAAAUACUUAUUUUUUAUAUGCUAUAAAUCAGUGCUCUCUUAACUCCUUUGUAAAAGAGAUGGAUAUGUCUUUUUAAGUCAAUAAAAUUGUGCUCAUAA